GCGACGAACGCUGCAUCACAGCUUUAAUGUCGCCGCCCUCGCCGUUCUAACUAAUCUGCUGUAGCUCAUUUUCGUUUUUGCCGUGAAGCAAGCGUACAACCAUAAAACAGUAAGCCAUUUCAUCAUCCUGACAUUCUGGUGCGAUGCUGCCAAAGCUCUCCGACAAGUGGGGAUCCAACCUUCAACUGCUGGUACCGGUCAUGACCACACCUUCGGUCGUGUCGACUCGGCGAAAUGCGCUGCUGGAACUCAAGAAGAUUGACGCGGUUCAAGUGCGCUACGCAGGUAAAGCCAAGAAACACUACUUCAUCGUCGAAAUAUUUGCUGACUCAUCGAGUUUCGAUCGCGCGGAUAGCGAGGUGGAGCAAGACGACGCACGGCUACGGAGACCGACCAUCCGGAUCGAACGGACGUGGUUAGAGUUUGUGGAUCUUCGCAGUAAAGUCUACAAGAUCGUCCGCGACGCGCAUCGCGUGGAGCCUUGCGCGUUCUGCACGGGUUUCAUGGACCAGGUCGUGUUCGGAGCGAACCCCAAUGGAGUCCUUGUCAGCUUGCUCGGUGGCAAGCGGUUAGAGCGUACACUGGCGAAAUUCGUGGAUGAAGUUCUCUCGCUUACCAUGCGUCACACUGCCAUCGACGCUCGAGGCUGCUGCGCCGGGCAGACUACUGUUCCUCAAGUCGUGCACGCCUUCCUCUUCAAGUGACGCCGCCGAGACUCUAUCGAGAUACGGCGACAGAAGCUUUUCAUAUUUUCGAGUCGUAUUGAAACGAGUAAUUUUUUAGAAGUCAAACUUUUCCUAAGGACUCGUCACAAUAAUUUUUUUUCUUGAAGAAAUACAUGUAAAGCCAAAAGUGACCCGACGAAAAUCCUUUAUGCCGAUCAUAGUGGUCCUAACGCAUGGCACAAAAGAAAAGAGAAAAAGACCCACCCAGUUAAUGAUGUAACCCAGCUACAUGAAUGCUUGUGCCGUGCUUUUGCUCCGCUUCAAUAAAGCUAC